AUGGCAGACGCUUCCGCCGAUCCGCUUCCCCCCGUCCCGCCGUCCCCGCCAGUGGCGCCCGUCUGCGCGCCCCUCACGUCCCUCGACCAGCUUCUCCAUUGGCGCCCCAGCAGCCCCGCCACGUGCGGAAUCUACAACCGCGCCACCGCGCCCUUCCGCGCGCGGAGCGCGCCCGGCGCGGCGCGCGGCGAGCUUCCGCGGCGGCAGCGGCAGCGGGUGUUAGCGUGCCACGACAUGAUGGGGGGGUACGUGGAGGACGCGCGCGCGCAGGGGAGCGCGCGCAGCGAGGUGUACCGUGCGUGGGAGUGGGACUCGGUGGACGUGUGGGUUUACUUCAGCCACCACCUGGUGACGCUGCCGCCCGUGGCGUGGAGCAACUGCUGCCGCACGCACGGCGUGCAGGUACUGGGCACGUUCAUCACGGAGUGGGAGGCAGGAGCUGAAGUGUGCCGGCAGCUGCUCGCCUCGCGCGCCACUGCUGCCCGCGCGGCCCACCAGCUCGCCCUCGUCGCGCACUACCAUGGCUUCCAUGGCUGGCUUGUACUGCCGGGCUGCUGGGGGGGAAGGGGAAUAGGGGCGCCUGUGGUGGAUGGGAUGGCGUCCGGUGCUCCUUGCUGCUGCCUUUCGUCUGGGCCACGUUCCCAUGUUGCCAUGCUGCACCCUGCUCUGCUCACGUUAGGACGAGUCCUCUCCCACAAGCUGUGCGCUUGCCACUUGCUUCGCGUGCAUUCUAUCAUCUCCACUCACACCAUAUCCUACCAUGCACUUCCCUGCUCAUUGCUCAUCAUCACCUCACAUCACACAUCAAGCAUCCCUGCCACCCCACUGCACCCGACCCAACCGCAUGGCACGUGGCAGGUGAACAUAGAGAACACGGUGGAGAAGGAGAGGGUGCCCACGAUGCUGCACUUCCUGCGCACCCUCACCCACCACAUGCACGCCCUCUCCCCCCACGCCCUCGUCCUCUGGUCAGCUGCCCGCCCUUCCCGCCCUGCUCACCAGGCCACCCUGUUCCCCGCUGCAUCAGACUGCCUUUUGUCUGCUCUGCCGUUUGUUUCCCUUGGCUCCGCAGGCUUCACCCCGUCCCUUUUCAUCCCCCCCCCCCAACCACCACUCCUAAUUGCUUUGUGUCUAAUCGCUGAAAUGCAUGACUUAUUCUUCUUCCCUCUCUCCCAUCUCUCUCUCACCUUCUCUCCCCCUUCACUUCCCCCUCCCCCUUGUCUCCCCCUUGUCUCCCCUUUGUCUCCCCCUUGUCUCCCCCUUGUCUCCCCCCUGUAUCCCCCCUGUAUCCCCCUUGUCUCCCCCCUGUAUCCCCCUUGUCUCCCCCUUGUCUCCCCCUUGCCUCCCCCUUGUCUCCCCCUUGUCUCCCCCUUGUCUCCCCCCUGUAUCCCCCUUGUCUCCCCCUUGUCUCCCCCUUGUCUCCCCCUUGUCUCCCCCUUGUCUCCCCCUUGUCUCCCCCUUGUCUCCCCCUUGUCUCCCCCUUGUCUCCCCCUUGUCUCCCCCUUGUCUCCCCCUUGUCUCCCCCCUGUAUCCCCCCUGUAUCCCCCUUGUCUCCCCCCUGUAUCCCCCUUGUCUCCCCCUUGUCUCCCCCUUGCCUCCCCCUUGUCUCCCCCUUGUCUCCCCCUUGUCUCCCCCCUGUAUCCCCCUUGUCUCCCCCUUGUCUCCCCCUUGUCUCCCCCUUGUCUCCCCCUUGCCUCCCCCUUGCCUCCCCCUUGCCUCCCCCUUGUCUCCCCCUUGUCUCCCCCUUGUCUCCCCCUUGUCUCCCCCCUGUAUCCCCCUUGUCUCCCCCCUGUAUCCCCCCUGUAUCGCCCUUGUCUUCCCCUUGUCUCCCCCUUGUCUCCCCCCUGUAUCCCCCUUGUCUCCCCCUUGUCUCCCCCUUGUCUCCCCCUUGUCUCCCCCUUGUCUCCCCCUUGUCUCCCCCUUGUCUCCCCCUUGUCUCCCCCUUGCCUCCCCCUUGCCUCCCCCUUGUCUCCCCCUUGUCUCCCCCUUGUCUCCCCCUUGCCUCCCCCUUGCCUCCCCCUUGUCUCCCCCUUGUCUCCCCCUUGUCUCCCCCUUGCCUCCCCCUUGCCUCCCCCUUGCCUCCCCCUUGUCUCCCCCUUGUCUCCCCCUUGUCUCCCCCUUGUCUCCCCCCUGUAUCCCCCCUGUAUCCCCCUUGUCUCCCCCUUGUCUCCCCCUUGUCUCCCCCUUGUCUCCCCCUUGUAUCCCCCUUGUAUCCCCCUUGUCUCCCCCUUGUCUCCCCCUUGUCUCCCCCUUGUCUCCCCCUUGUCUCCCCCUUGUCUCCCCCUUGUCUCCCCCUUGUCUCCCCCUUGUCUCCCCCUUGUCUCCCCCUUGUAUCCCCCUUGUAUCCCCCUUGUCUCCCCCUUGUCUCCCCCUUGUCUCCCCCUUGUCUCCCCCUUGUCUCCCCCUUGUCUCCCCCUUGUCUCCCCCUUGUAUCCCCCUUGUAUCCCCCUUGUCUCCCCCUUGUCUCCCCCUUGUCUCCCCCUUGUCUCCCCCUUGUCUCCCCCUUGUCUCCCCCUUGUCUCCCCCUUGUCUCCCCCUUGUCUCCCCCUUGUCUCCCCCUUGUCUCCCCCUUGUCUCCCCCCUGUAUCCCCCCUGUAUCCCCCUUGUCUCCCCUUGUCUCCCCCUUGUCUCCCCCUUGUCUCCCCCUUGUCUCCCCCUUGUCUCCCCCUUGUCUCCCCCUUGUCUCCCCCUUGUCUCCCCCUUGUCUCCCCCUUGUAUCCCCCUUGUAUCCCCCUUGUCUCCCCCUUGUCUCCCCCUUGUCUCCCCCUUGUCUCCCCCUUGUCUCCCCCUUGUCUCCCCCUUGUCUCCCCCUUGUAUCCCCCUUGUCUCCCCCUUGUCUCCCCCUUGUAUGACAGUGUGACGGAGGAGGGCGAGCUGAGGUGGCAGGACGCGCUCACUCCGGCCAACCGCUGCUUCUUCCUCGCAUGUGAUGGCAUCUUCACUAACUACUCCUGGAAGGACCCCGCUAAGGUGCUGUCCUCCGUGGCCCUUGCGGGCAGCCGUGCGCCCGAUGUGUUCAUGGGGGUGGACUGCUUUCUCGCACCGGGCCGUGCCGCCAGGGGCUUUGAUGCAGGGCAGGCGGUGGGCGUGGCACUGCAGGGAGGGGCGUCCGCGGCCGUGUUUGCACCUGCAUGGGUGUAUGAGACUCGCCAGGAGGCGAGCUUUGACGCGGCGCAGGAGAGGCUAUGGCACAGCAUUCGCACAGCCCUCCACUCACACCGCUCCCUGCGCCCACACCAACCCUUGCAAACACAGCAGGGCGGGCAGGGGGAUGGGGCAGGGGGGAUGCAAGGGACAGAGGGGGUGCAAGAGGGGGACAGUGAGGCAGGUGGCGGGAUGAAUGGGGCAGGGGAGAGUGGGGAGCGGGGAGCUGUGGCAGGCACUGUUGUGUGUGCAGGGGGCGUAGCAGGCGAGCGCAGUGUGGAGUGUGGGGGGGAGUGCGAGAGUGGCUUCCCCCUCACUCUGCCUCUCUUCACUGCCUUCGACCAGGGCGUUGGCACCAACAUUUGGCUGGCUGGCCGCCAUGUGGCGAGCUCCCAUUGGAGUAACUUCUCCUGCCAGACGUUACGGCCAGUGCACAUGCACACGUCACGGCCACUGCUCUCCACCGAGCCUGCCCAUCCCUCCCGCUCCGUCCGCUGUUCCCUCUGGCACGGCACAGCAUGGGAAGGCUCUGCUGCCCUCCUCCUCUCCCUCUCCCCUUCUCCGCCCCCCAGGGUAGUUCCUGAUUCUCUGGCCGACCAGGCCCCGCCAGAUGUGCAGCCAGGGCCAACCACGUCAGCAUGUGUGGUGGAUGUGUUUCGGCCGCACGUGCAUGUGCAACCAGGCACCACUCUGCAUGUGUCGUACUCUGUGGUAUCGGCCCCUGCCUUCAUCGCCUGUCUAGCCCUCUCCUUCACCCGCGUGCCAACUCACCCACCUAAUCACCACCAUCCCACCGACCCCACACCUCCCGCUCUCACCGCCCCAGACUCUCCCCCUCCCUCCACCAUACUGCUCCUUCCACCGCCACCACACCCACCUUCCCUCCCUCACCCUUUCGCCCCGCCAUCCCUCUCCUCCCUUUCCGCCUCCCCCUCCGCCUCCCUCAUCUCGUGCCUCUUUCCCACAGCCGUCCGCCCUUCCCCCUCGCACCUCACCCCCCCCACCACCACUGCUAGCGAGACUCCACAUCCUCUGUGCGCUUCCCACUCUGGGGAACGCAAAAGGGAAGAGGUGGAGAAAGGAGGCAUACAAGGAAGAGCAGGGGAGAGUGCGGAGGAGCGUGGGGCAGGGAGGGAGCAGGGGAGACUAGGAGGGGCAGUAUGGGCGGUGCGGGAAUACGAAGUCCCGUGUAUAGCCAAUCACGUGCUGACAGGUGUACACGUGCUGCUGGUGGGUGUGGGUGAUGUGGGUGAUGUACCUGCUGGUGAUGCAGCAGCAGGCAGAGGGGGUGACAGGGAGCAUGCACCAUGUGACACCGUGGAGAAGGAGGUGAUGUCUGGGGGACACAUGGGCGCUGCUGAUUGGCUCGUGGAUGUGUGCAGGGCGGCAUGGAUUGUAGGGUCCUCGCUUGCAUCUGCACCUGUAGUAGGGGAUGGAGGUGGGGGCGUGGGUGGGGAUGGGGGUGGAGAUGGGGGUGGGGGUGGGGAGGGCGUGUGUGAUAGUGAUGAUGCAGCUGCCACUGAUACUGGCGAGCCCACAGCCGCAGCCCCUGCUGCCACAGCAGCAUGUGAGCCAGCAGGCUCAGCUGCGCCCACCCCAGAGGGCAAAGAGGAUAGAGAGGACAGAGAGGACACAGACGCGCUAGUCUCAGCAGUGAAAGCCCCUGCACAUGCUGCCCUGCCAUGCCCUCCCCCUGCUGUGCUGCCAGCAGCGGCAGCAGCAGCGGUGGGGCAUGUGCGCGUGGCAGCAGAGCCCGAAGCUGCGUGUGUGGCUCGGUGGAAGGUGGGAGAUGUGCGUGCUGAGCAGAUGUGGUGGAUUUGGGGGGAGGUGAGGCAACACGAUGGAGUGGAGAGGACAGGAGGAGAGGAGAAGGCGGGGAGAAAGGAGGGAGCGGGGAGAGAGGAGGAGGCGGGGAGUGGCGGGGCAGAAGGCAAGGCAGAGGUGGGCUUACAAGGGGAGGUUGAGGAGGAUGGUGAGUGCGGGGAAGGGAAUGAGGCGGAGGGGAAUGAAGGAGGGAGCAAGGGGGCGCUCUUAAGCAUGGUGCUGCACUGGACUCCCGAUGGUGGUGCCAUGGACUGUGAAAGUGCAGGCGAUGCCAUGCUGCAGCAGCAGCAACAGCAGCAGCAGCAGGAAGGUACCUGGAAGCUGUGCAGUGACCAUGGACCUGUGAGCUGCAGGUAUGAUGUGCUGGCAGCGUUUGAUUGGCUGGGGGCUAGUAAAUCGACUGGAGGCGGAGGGCAGCAGGUUGAGCAAGAGAAGUUACCUGUCUCAGAUUCAGCAUCAACAACGGCAGUAGCAUCAGCACCAACCACAGCAGCAGCAACAGCACACACAGCUGGCCCUGCUCCAUCUACGAGUGCAGUUGCAAGCGCAGGAGCAAGGCUUGCAGACUCCCCCUUGGCAGCGCGGCUGGCCUCUCUGCACUGGCAGUGGCUGGGAGCGGCUCAUGUGCCGUCCUUUGUCGUGGACUCACUGCCCCUGCCACCUGCAGCUGUUACAGCUGACGGGGGAGAAGGGCCGGGUGAGGGGGAAGAUGGAGCAGCAGCGAAGGAUGAGGGGAGUGGGGUGUUAGUGCCGGUGGUGCCAGUGGUGCUGGUGGUGGUGCGCCCGCGCUGCCUGCUGUGUGGGGCUGCCCCGGCUGUGGAGGUCUGCCCCUGGCUGCUGCUGCACAGGCCAUGA